AUGACACAAAGUGAUAUUGGCUCUUUGGCUCCUGCCCACGAAGCGAUUGCUGGCAAAGCAACAAUUGCUGGGAUUGGCAAGGUGGUAAAUGUCUCUCUUGACAACUUCAACGAUGAUGAACAUUUUCAUCUGACUGUUGAAGCCGAACAUGAGUUCUUUGAUACUAAAGCAAAUAAGUCCGUUCGUUUUGAGAUCAUAUAUUGCUUUGAAUAUUUCACUCCUGCAUUGAAAGAGGCCAAGUACAUCAAGAAAGGCUCGCCUGUUUCUUUCCAAGGUCUUCUCGUUUCCCAAGACCCACCAUCGAAACAUUUCAUUGUUCAAGUUAUGCACCAUGCCAAAAUCGCUGUGAAUCAAGAUGAGGAAGACGUGGUCCAAGGAAAUAGUGUCGUUCAAGGGAAUGUAGUAUGGGUGGAAUGA